AUGUAUGACAUUCCAGAGAGAUUAAAAUAUACAGAUCAAGAAUUCACAUCGAUCGGGCGGGCGGCGGGGCGAGCUACAUGGUACCGAGCUACGGGCUACGGAGUUACGGGCUACGGAGCUACGGGCUACGGAGCUACGGGCUACGGAGCUACGGGCUACGGUGCUACGGGCUACGGAGUUACGGGCUACGGAGCUACGGGCUACGGAGCUACGGGCUACGGUGCUACGGGCUACGGAGCUACGGGCUACGGAGCUACGGGCUACGGAGCUACGGGCUACGGAGCUAUGGGCUACGGAGCUACGGGCUACGGAGCUACGGGCUACGGAGCUACGGGCUACGGAGCUACGGGCUACGGUGCUACGGGCUACGGAGUUACGGGCUACGGAGCUACGGGCUACGGUGCUACGGGCUACGGAGCUACGGGCUACGGAGCUACGGGCUACGGAGUUACGGGCUACGGAGCUACGGGCUACGGUGCUACGGGCUACGGUGCUACGGGCUACGGAGCUACGGGCUACGGAGCUACGGGCUACGGAGCAACGGGCUACGGAGCUACGGGCUACGGAGCUACGGGCUACGGAGCUACGGGCUACGGAGCUACGGGCUACGGAGCUACGGGCUACGGAGCUACGGGCUACGGAGCUACGGGCUACGGAGCUACGGUGCUACGGGCUACGGAGCUACGGGCUACGGAGCUACGGGCUACGGACCUACGGGCUACGGGCUGCGGAGUGCUACGAAGUGCUACGUAUUGUACUGUACAUUAA